UGACCAGUUGAUUGAUAUGAAGUCUAAUAUCAAUGCUUUAAGUAUUAUGUUUUUAUUUUUGUAUUCAUGUGCAGUAAAACCUUUUACUUUUACGUCUGCACACCAGAUGAUCAGAUAAUUAGACGUGGAUGCAGGAUGUUGGUAUUUAUCGAUGAUGCUGAUGGAGGCGGAGGUGUACAGGAGCAUCCAGUGUACUCUGAGUCCUGGAACAAGAGGACGGUUCUCCAACGAGAGGCUGCAAUAACAUUCGUCACCUUUGGGAUUCUCCAUUCACCAUAUUGAACAGAAAGGUCCAUUUAACCCCUUAAGUCAGAUCGCGCUCUCCUGUUUUCAACGAAGCCAGUCAGCCAAGCGUCAUGUUACCAUGGUAACGCGUCCCUCUGCAUAAAAGGAAAGCGGAGCUCAACUUCUGCGGGCUUUUGAUCUGCCGCAGCAGCAGGAGCAGCAGCAUCCGAUGCCUCUGGACUCCUAUGAUGACAACGGGACGGCUUCUGUGUUCGCCUCCAAACUGAGCCCCGCUGCUGACAUAUGGGGACUGGCCAUCCUCUGUGUGGCCGUGGUCUCCAUUCUGGGCAACGGGCUGGUCCUGCUCGUCUGCUACCGCCGGAGGAGGAGGAUGGCGGCCUCGGAGCUGCUGUGCGCCAACCUGGCGGCGGCCGACUUCCUGUGCUGCGUCGGCUUCUACCCGCUCUCCAUCCUGUCCUCUUUCCGCCACGCGUGGCUGGGCCGGCGCGCCACCUGCGUCUAUUACGGCCUGGGCUGCUUCGUCUGUGGCCUGAGCGCCAUGUUCACCGUCGCCGGCAUCGGCGUCACCCGCUGCCUGAAGACCUGCUCCAGCCGCGCUCACGGAGCCAGCGUGGGCGCGGCCUGCGGCUCCAUCUGGCUGCUCGCCGCCGCGUGGUCCAGCCUCCCUCUGUUCGGCUGGGGCGAGUACGUGCCGGAGCCCUACGGCCUGUCCUGCACCGGCGCCGCCUACGUCCUCUGCUCCUUCGCCUGCUUCACGCUGGUCCCCGUGCUCCUCAUCGCCGCGUCCCAGUGCCGCAUCCUGUGCGAGGUGUCGCGCUUCUCCAGCUCGCUGGCGGCGAGAGGCGUCCGCCACGGCCUGCGGCGCACUGAGAAGCGGCUGUCGGUGAUGUUUUUCUGCAUCAGCCUGGGUUUCGUAGUGGCCUGGGCCCCGUACGCCGUGGUCUCCUUCCUCUUCAUCUUCCACCAGGACCACCGCUACAUGGCCCCCGGGGGCUUCGUCCUCCCCGCGCUCUUCGCCAAGAGCUCCCACGUCUACAACCCCUUCAUCUACUUCUACUUCAACAGGACCUUCCAGCGGGAGCUGCGCGGCCUGUGCCCGCCCCUCUGCCCCAGGCGGGGGGGGAACCGGGUGGGGGUCCGGGCGGCACCGGCGCCGUGCCCCAUCCACAUCCAGCUCCGGGAGCGAGGCGCCGGCCGGGGAGCGAGGAGCUGCAGGUUGUCUCAGGACAGGACGUACAGCGAGAGCAGGAGCAGCGGGGGCCGGCGUUCGCCUGCGGGGGCUCCAUGCCCAAGAACAUUCCCACGGUGUCACCGGACCGACCCGCCAGAGACUCCCUGCCUGUGUCCAUAUGAGCCCUGUGUGUGUCGGUGUUCGUCAUGUGAGUCAAACCGUGUACCGGGAAAUGGGGACGAGGCAUCGGCCCCCGAGCGGGCGGCGCGAUCUCAUUAUGGGAAGAGGCCGCCCCACUGGAGCGGAACAGGCCAGGACGGGCGGCGGUCGAAGGAGCUGAGCGGGGCGGGACGCCUCAUUCUGCAGCCGCGUCCCGGCGUCUGCGCAGGGAACGCUGUGAGACGCCAGCGCACGGACGCCGCCGCCAUGAGGAGGGGAAGCUACGACGACGCCGCAGCCUCCCCGCGGCCGCAUUUCAGAGACCUGGCUCAGAGGCGCCGCUCGGCCCCGUCGCUGGCGUUUGGGAAGGCUCUGGGGAUGCCCUGGUCUCCCAUCAGGGAGGAGGCUUCCUGCUGGGUGUCCGUGGAGCAGAGUCCCUUCGUCCUCGGCCUCAGCAGCGAGAACGGGGAGCUGCUCUUGGACGAGCGCGUCCGCGUCACCGAGGGCUCCAAGACGCGCGAGCGACACCUGUUCCUCUUCAGAGACGUGGUCGUCUUCGCCAAACUCAAGUCGGCUGCCUGCUACCGUCUGAAGCACCGCGUGAGCCUCCAGCACGUCUGGGUCCACGGUCUGGAGGACGAGCAGGAGGACGAGGAGCAGCCGGAGGACCUGGACCUCAGGGUGACGGUGCUGCUGGCCUGGGCUCUGAGCGUGUGCCUGGUGUGCUUUCGCUCGCCUGAGGUGAAGCAGCGCUGGUCAGAGACUCUCCACAGAUUAAUUAAAGACGCAGUAGCGAGAGCUGGUUGUGCUUUUUCACCCCCCGACGUCCUCAUGAAGGUGUUGAGUGGCAGCAUCACAAAUAAAACGCUAACAGGAGGAGGCAUGGAACAAUCUACGGAGUUUCCACUUGAUGGUGAUACCGAGAUCUCUGCUCCCUCGAAGCAGUUAUAUAACCAGGAGGAGAAGUCCGUGCAGCCCAUUGAAACAAAAUGGAACCUGGUGAGGAGGCUCAGAAAGGGCUCCAGCUUCAUCAGCAAGACGGGUCGGGCCGAGACCGACGCCAAGCGUCAGCUGUUCGGACGCCCCCUCUGCAAGACGUGCCCCGACGACUGCUCCCUGCCCAAACCCGUCUCAGAGAUGCUGGUGCUGCUGAGGAAGCAGGGCCCGUCCACGGAGGGCGUGUUUCGGAAGCCGUGCAACACCAAGAACAUGAGGGACGUCCGGGAGCAGCUCAACGGCGGCCUGGAGGUGGACCUGAAGAGCCAGCCGGUGUCUCUGCUCGUCGGCCUGCUCAAGAGCUUCCUGAAGGAGCUCCCCGGCAGCCUGCUGGUGUCUGAGCUGUAUGACAGCUGGAUGACGGCCCUGGCGGCAGGCGACGAGGAGAGGCCCCAGGAAAUCAGAAAGGUGGCAGACGGGCUCCCAGGGCACAACCGGCUCCUCCUGCAGCAUCUGCUCUGCGUCCUCCAUCACAUCCUGGAGAGCGCCGACAUCAACAAGAUGGACGCCAGCAACCUGGCGGUGUGCAUCGGGCCCACGCUGCUGCAGACCGACGACACGCCCCUGGAUCAGCAGAAGGAAAAGAUGGAGAAGGUGACAGAUUUAACCAAGUUCCUGAUUGAGCACUAUGACAUCCUUGGAGAGAAUAUCCCGAACUUGCUGGAUACUGAUGAAGACUCACUGUCCUCCCAGCAUCACGACUCGGCGUACGACAGCACCGACCCAGACGGAGACGGAGAGGCUGGAGAGAGCUCCGGCUCCGCCUGCAGAGACGGCGGCUCGUCCUCCUCCCUCUGCCCCAGCACCAGCACCACGUCCCCCUGGGCGUCCGAAGCCGUCUUCGGCAGCAAGCCGGAGUUCAGCCGGCGCUGCUCGGAGCCCAUCAUCCUCCUCUCGGCCGACAUCCAGAACCUGUGCAGCCACGCGCGGAGCCACGACGACUGCUCCGUGGAGCGCAGGCACUUCGAGGAGCAGCCGCUCAAAAAGCAGGUCUCGGACGACUCCUUCCUGCUCAGGGGCCGAGGAGGAGCGAAGCCGGUGCUGCUGUUCCCGAAGCUGAGCAGCAGCUCCAACAUGGACCCGCUGCCCUACCUGGAGAGCGACGUGGCCAAGGACUGCUCCUGUUCCUCCCUGGAGAGCACGGCCUCCAACCAGUCUGAAGGCUCUGUUUCCAGCAGCUCCCCAGUGGAGUCGCCAGGCUGCCCCAGGAAGGAGCCCGCCCCCAAGCAGCCCGCGGUGGAGGAGAAGAGGCGCACGCAGUCCAUGAGGGUGGCGACCAAGGUCCUGAUGAGGACCAGGAGCUUAGCCAGCUUCAGCCGGGGCAGCCUGAAGAAGGACUCCCAGAAGGAGAACUCCUUCCCGUGCGAAACUCUCCCGGAGGACUCUCAGAGCGAGGCGGAUCCGCCCGCCGACCUGGGGCCCCGGCCCCGCCCCCUGUCCGCCAUCGAGGUGUUCAAGCACGUGGACAGCCGGCUGCCCUGCAGGCCCCCGUCGUACGAGCAGGCGGUGCACCGCGCCGGCCUCCCCCCUCGCUACGGCGCCAUGACGGUGCGGGACGCCAUCCGGUCCCGCCCGUCCUCUGUGAACUACGACCUCCCGUCGGCCCCUUCCGUCCACCAGCUCGUGGACGCCCUCCCUCAGGGCGCGGGCGACGCGGCCGGGGCGGUGGAGCGGCGGCAGCCUUUCCGCCCCAGGGCCAUGUCUGAAUCGGUGUCAGGAGGCCACCAUGACGUCAUUUCCCGGCGCUGCAGCCAGCCUGUGUUUGAGGAGUUCUCUUAUGCCAAGGAGUCUUAUGUUUAAUAGGCUCUGGGACAUUUCACACGUUGGACUAUAGAGACUGUAGUUGUAGUAGAGUCUGUUUGGUUGGAUGAAACUAACGAUGUUUGUCUAAUCUGUUGAUCUUCCACUGUCUCACUUUGAAUGACUGUUUGCUAUGUGCAGCCUCCGCGACUGCACAUGUUUUGAGUAGUACUUUUGUAGUACAAGUAUUAAACCUUAAUAUGAUAGAUAUUUAGUCUAUCACCAUGAAGCUAUGAAGCACAGUUAGCUGUGGAUAAAAUAUGCUAGGGGUCUUGUCUUUCUGUGUUUUUUAUGUUUUUAUGUACAGCACAUUUUGGCUUUUUGUAAAUAACUUCCACUUUGCAUAGUUUUCUCCUUCCACUACACUAAAGCACUUUUCUAAUGGCAAACUAUGCUUUGUUCACUUGCACGCUAAAAAUGUAAAUACAGUGAAAUGUGUAUAGGUUUGCAAUGUUCCAGAGUAAAUGGAAAGAAAAUAUAUUCAAUAAAACAUAUUGAAGAGCA